AUGGAUUCAGAUCUCGUCCAACAACUAAAUGCAUUCUCGGUUUCGACACCUGAAGAGAAACUCUCGAAUCGAUUGACUUCGACGCAUCUCCAAUCACGACCGGCACAAGCUUUCUUUGGCGGUACUACUACUACUACUACCACUGCUGCUACCAACAACAACAGCAACAGCAAGGCUCCUCAGCCAAUGUCGGCUUCACCAUCGUGGCUGACUGAGGAAGAUAACAAGAAACAAGAGGAGGAUCAAGAAGACGAAGGAUGGGGUGAUUUGCCUAGUAUUCAUUCAGGUAUCUCUCAAGAUUAUCAGUUUGGCUUCAAUUCCAUCUUAUCAUCCAACUAUGCCCCCGAACCGAAGCGAUCCGUUGCACCCAAUUCUGCAUUUGCUCGAUUUAAACACGCACCUGUGAGUUUCACCAAUGCGUCAUCUCCUCCUAUUUUCGGUCAAGAUAACCCUCAAUGA